UUUCUUUUUCUGCUUUCAGACAAGUAUUAAAACCUUUGAACCCUCUCUGAGCAAAUUGGUGCAGUUUCAUUCUAAAAUAUGAUAAUAAAUAAAUAAAUAAAUAAAUAAAAUAAAAUAAGCAGUGAGAAUUGUUCCACAAACUUUAAAAAAAAAGAAAGAAAGAAAAAAGCUAGGGGAAAAUUAUAUUCAUAAUUAUUAUUAUUAUUUAAUUUUUUUUAAUUAUUGCAAAGAAGUAUUGUAAUUUUAAAGCACUUUCCAGGUCAUUUACUUUUUUAUUUGUUUUUAAUUUUCUUGAUUUUCAUAAUUUUCUCUUUUUCCUGAUUUCCUGCUUUUGGGGACAUUUCUUUUGUUGCUCACUUUCAAACGAAAUCAAGGUUUCAAAGGGUUAAUAAACUUAAAUCUGCUCACAACUUUUGAAUGUGUUAUAACCCAGUUACUAAAUGCUUUAACAAGGGGAGUAAAUGUUGGCGAUGACGGCGACCACACGGUGUCAGCAGAGGACUUCACUACUCUCUCUGUGUUCAGUGUUUCAGUCUGUAGUUUUCGUCACAUGUUCAUGUUGGACACAUGAAGACAAAAAUUCCUCUGGUCAAAUUCCUUAAAUCACAUAUUUUGACAAAUUUCACAAAAUACUGAGCUGUUUAUUUUUGUUUUCAUGUUCACUACUUUUUUUUUUUAACGUAUUUUUAAAACAUUUUUUAAAGUCCGGUGGACGCUUCUUUCUGACUCUUUAAUUAAGAAAUUUUGUCCAAAUAAUUUGCAUUUUAUUGUAAUUUAUGACCUCACUCAGUUUAACUGCUGCUUGUUGAUACAGUUUAUUACUUAUGUCUCGUGAUACUGACUGAUGUCAAAGCUCUUCAUCAGCUGAACUCUUUUCUUUUUCAAAUACCCAUUUUUUUGUCAUUUUUACAAAAAUACGUUGCUCCUCCACUGAUAAACACAUGAAUGUUUCCCAUCGAUCGUACUGAUCAGAGGAGGACUCUGUUCAAACAGAAGGUGAGACACAUCUCAUUUUAUUCUGCUUUUAUGUGCAGAAAUGUCUCAUUUAAACGUUUCUGUCAUUAAAUGUCACCUUCAGUCAGUUUUAUAUAAAAAGGUAAAAUUAUUGAUCUUUGUGUUUUUGUUGUUUUUGUUUGAUUUCAGUCCGUGUUGUGUUUCAGUUGUCGUGUCUGAGUCCAGAAUGAACUGCAGCAGAAACAAAAGAGGUCUCUCCCCCCCCCCCGCCCCUGAGGACUGCUGACCACCUCGGCCUGAGCAGAUAUCAGACACUGAUGGACGAUUUACAACCUGAGUGGUCAAACCAUGACGGUAUUUCAGGAGCUCUUCGGCCUGGUUGGUCUCAGACAUUCUCAUGACCAUAAAGAGAAACCUUCAAAUAUCUGUCCAAGCUCAUAUAUAUACCCCCACAGAUUUCACAUUUUAGUCUGUGACUCCCCCACUUUCUCUCAGUCCUUCUGUCAGUCUCUGCUGCUCCUCCUCCACCUCCUCCUCCUCCUCGUCACUGUGUAGAGUCUGAAACCAAAAAGAAGUCGAGAUGUCUGAGGGAAAGAAGAUGACAUCGAGCCGCAGGCAUCAUCUCAAGAGUGUGAUACUGCAGAUCGCUGCUAACUGGCUCGAGCAGGAAGCUACUGACAUCGCAGCCGCCAAAGAAGCUUACAUGGCAGAGAAAUGCCCCGCCCCCGACAUGAGCGGAGACCAGGCGGCUCUGAUGGAAAUCUGCAAAAAGCUGCACCAGGCCCUCGACAAGAUCGAUGAGGACAGAUACGACUCUGAGGCCAAAGUGGCAAAGACAGAUAAAGAGAUCGAGGAUCUGAAGAUGAAGGUGGUGGAGCUGGCCGGAGUGAAGAAACCCGCCCUGAAGAAAGUGCGUAUGUCGGCCGACACCAUGCUGCAGGCUCUGCUGGGAGGAAAACACAAGGUGACCAUGGACCUGAGGGCCAACCUGAAGCAGGUCAAGAAGGAGGUCAAAGAGGAGGCUGGCGAGGGCGUCGGCGACUGGCGUAAGAACGUUGAGGACAAAGCCGACAGGAAGAAGAUGUUCGAGACUUCCUAAAGACUUUCACUUCUUGUGGGCUUCUACAACUCUUUGUUACAUCUUUGAAAAAACUCGUGCCAUUAAAUUAUUUUUUGGAAUAAGG